CAGACGGAAGGACGGACGGACGGAGGGUGCGGUUCGCACCCGGACCCGGACCCGGACCGCCCGCCCGGGGAGCCCGAGCCGGCCGGUCCCAAGCGGACCCAUCCCGGGGAGCCCGACCCGACCCAUCCCGGUGCUCCCGGGGAGCCCGACCCGACCCAUCCCGGUGCGCACCGAGAACCCGACCGGACCCAUCCCGGAGAACCCAACUGGACCCAUCCCGGUGCUCCCGACCCCUCCGGCAAAGAGCCGGCCCCAUCCCGGUGCUCCCAAAGGACUGAGCCCACCCGGUGCCGGUACCGGCACCCACCCCGGCACCCCACGGCACCAUGCACCCCGCGGUGCUGCCGCUGGCUCUGUGUGCCCUGGUUGUCAUCGCAGGGCGGUUGGGAGCCUCCUUCGAGAUAUCGCUUGAGCCGGAGGUGCUGGUGGUGGAACACGGUGGAUCGAUCCAGUUGAAGGUGAAGACGACGUGCCAGGAUCCCAAAGCAUUCGGCAACGUGGAGACAUCGAUUCGGAAGCAGUUGUUGCUGGCACAGCCAACGGAGGUGGUGGUGAAGCUGCUCGAAGUCAACGUGUGGAACUCCAGCAUCAUCUACUACUUCAACUGCAGAGGAGAAAGGAAGUUGUUCACCACCGCACUCAUCGUCUACCGUUCGCUGAACCGGGUGACGCUGGAUCCGGUACGAGAGCUGGAGGUGGGGAAGAGCCACGAGCUGGUGUGCCGCAUGGAAAACGUUGCACCGAUCCGGAACCUGACGGUGAUCCUGUGGAAGGGCGGCGAGAAGUUGCACACCAAAACCUUCCAGCAGUACAGCCAGGAUGAGCCGAUGCCGGUGCAGGUGAUCCACCGGCUGACGGCACAGCGCCAGGACAACGGGCAGACCGUCACCUGCCAGGCGGUGCUCGACCUGACGCCCUACGGCCCAUGCUUCAACAUCACCUCCGAGCCACAGACGUUGACCGUCUAUGAAUUCCCGGAGGAUCCCAAGCUGGAACCUCACAUCUACCUGGAGAUGGGCAAGACGGUGAACGCCACCUGCACCGUCGGGCAUGUCUUCCCGUCGGUGGCGCAGUUCAAGCUGGCACUCGACGACCGGAUCCUGCCGCACUCCGUCAGCCGGGACGGGCACCGAGCCACCGCCGAGGUGUCCCUCAACCAUUCGGGGAAUUUCAGUCUGGUUUGCACCGUGAAGGUGGGACCCAAGGAGCGGUGGAAGGAGGCGAUCGUCCACAGCUACGAGCUCCCCUCGCCCCAGCUGGCCAUCAGCAACCCCAACACCUCCUGCAACCAGGUGGUGACCAUCAACUGCUCCUCGGCACCCAGCUGGCCCCCGGGGCUGAAGCUGCGGCUCCGCAGCAGCCAUUGGCCCCUGCGGUCCUGGGUAGAGGGUGCUGUGCACCUGGAGCUGAUGGCCAGGGAGGAAGACGAUGGGGCCGAGUUCACCUGCGAAGCGCAGCUCAGCGUGGGCAACCGGACUCUGCGCAGGAGCUCGGCCAUGACCACGCUGCAUGUCACGUGUGAGUGGGGCGGUGGGUGCUGCCGCGGUGCCGGUGCAAAACCCUUCUGCACCGUGCAAAACCCUUCUGCUCCGUGCAAAACCCUUCCGUCCCUGUGCAAAACUCCUCUUGGCCCUGGUGCAAAACCCUUCUGCCCUCGUGCACAACCGCUCAGCCCUGGUGCAAAACCCUUCUGCACUGUGCAAAACUCUUCUGUCCCGUGCCAAACCCCUUGGCCCCAUUGCAAGACCCCUCAGCCCCGGUGCAAGCCCUGGGGUGCCGGCCAUGCCGGGGCUCACCAGCCCCAGAUGGACGACGGGAGCUGCCCCCCCAGCCAGAACUGGACGGAGGGGCAGGAUGAGACCCUGCGCUGCGGGGCACGGGGCAACCCCCUGCCCCUCUUGGAGUGCACCAAGGACGGCGAGCCCUUCCCCGCCGGGGUGCUGCGCCCCGUCACCCGCGCCCACGCCGGCACCUACCUCUGCCAGGCCACCAACCCGCUGGGUACCACUGUCCGGAGCAUCACCGUGUGGGUGCAGUACCAUGACCCCGACCUGGUUCUCCUGGUGCUGCUGCCGGUGGUGGUGGCGGUCGCCCUGCUCGCUGGCGGGGUGGGCUACGGCGUUUACUACCGUAAGAAGAAAAUCCGGCAGUACCGGCUGCAGGAGCGGCAGAAGCAGCUGGAGAUGCAGGCGCUGCGGCAGCCGGGAUGCUCAGAGGCGACGGCCGCUCUCAACGGCUCGGCGCAGAAGCUCACCCCCCCCGCCAAAGCCCUGAGGUGGGGAUCACCAACCAACCCCUUCGAGGUGACGGUGAACGGGGCCCCUUCGGAGGUGGGCUACGGUGGGACGGUGCUGCUGAACUGCUCCACCAGCUGCCCUGAGGCCAACGUGACCGGGGGGCUGGAGACCUCCCUCAGCAAGGAGUGGGUGGGCCGGGGACCAGGCUGGUUGAGUGUCCGGCUCCGCAACAUCACCGAGCCCCUCUCCGACAUCCUCUGCUACUUCUCCUGCUUCGGGAAAAGGGAAGUGGUGACUUUCAGGGUGCUGGCUUACGAGCUCCCCUCGCCCCAGCUGGCCAUCAGCAACCCCAACACCUCCUGCAACCAGGUGGUGACCAUCAACUGCUCCUCGGCACCCAGCUGGCCCCCGGGGCUGAAGCUGCGGCUCCGCAGCAGCCGUUGGCCCCUGCGGUCCUGGGUAGAGGGUGCUGUGCACCUGGAGCUGAUGGCCAGGGAGGAAGACGAUGGGGCCGAGUUCACCUGCGAAGCGCAGCUCAGCGUGGGCAACCGGACUCUGCGCAGGAGCUCGGCCACGACCACGCUGCAUGUCACGUACCAGCCCCAGAUGGACGACGGGAGCUGCCCCCCCAGCCAGAACUGGACGGAGGGGCAGGAUGAGACCCUGCGCUGCGGGGCACGGGGCAACCCCCUGCCCCUCUUGGAGUGCACCAAGGACGGCGAGCCCUUCCCCGCCGGGGUGCUGCGCCCCGUCACCCGCGCCCACGCCGGCACCUACCUCUGCCAGGCCACCAACCCGCUGGGUACCACUGUCCGGAGCAUCACCGUGUGGGUGCAGUACCAUGACCCCGACCUGGUUCUCCUGGUGCUGCUGCCGGUGGUGGUGGCGGUCGCCCUGCUCGCUGCCAGGGUGGGCUACGGCGUUUACUACCGUAAGAAGAGAAUCCGGCAGUACCGGCUGCAGGAGCGGCAGAAGCAGCUGGAGAUGCAGGUGUUACGCUCAAAGCAGGACCGUGCCCCCCUCAAUGAUGUGGGGGCUGCGCCGGAGGCGGCGUGGGCAGGCGGCGCGGGCAGGCGGCGCGUUGGGCGCGUUGCGUGGGCCGAGCGCCGGGCCCCGAUGGGACCCCCCAGCCCGGCCGCUCGGCUGCUGCCCCCCCUCAUCCUGGCGCUCGCAGGGGCUGCCCACGGCACGUUCACGGUGGGGGCCUGGCCGCGGGUGGCCGUGGUGCCCUUCGGGGGCUCGGUGGCCAUCAACUGCAGCCGCAGCGCCUGCCCGGGGGGCAACGCCACGCUGGGGCUGGAGACCCCCCUGGCCGUGGGGUUGGGGGCCGGCGGGCGCCGCUGGCAAAGCUUCCGGCUCCUCAACGUCUCCCAGUGGAACCCCGGCACCGCCACGUGCUACGGGCGCUGCGGUGAUACCCGAGUCGACGCCAGCGCCGGCAUCCUGGUGUACCGGUUACCGGAGCGGGUGGUGCUGGAGCCGGUGCCGGCCGUGGCAGUGGGCGAGAGCCGUAACCUGACGUGCCGGGUGGUGGAGGUGGCUCCGGUGGGGAACCUGACGGUGACGUUGCGCCGAGGUGCCGAAACGCUGCGGACGGAGAGUUUCAGUGCCACCGAGGGCAGCGCCAGCGUGGCCGUCAGUCACCUGCUGACCGCCGGCCCCGGCGACCACGGGCAGGACGUCACCUGCCACGCCGAGCUGUCCCUGCGGCCCCACGGGCCGCUCUUCGCCCGCGCCGCUGUCCCUGUCAAGCUGUCAGUUUUCGCCCUCCCUGAGCCACCACAGCUCCGGGCUCCUGCCCGCCUCGAAGCUGGCACCGCUGCCAACAUCAGUUGCCAGAUCGCCGGAGCCUUCCCCGCCGGCGACGUCCGCUUCGCCAUCACCCUGGCAGAGCAGCGCCUCAACUUCACCGUGACAGCAGCUGGCGAUGUGCUCACCGCCACCGCCGUUCUCUCAACCGGCACCCUGGGGCGGCAGGAGCUGACCUGCACUGCGGCGGUGGCAACAGCGGCACGGACAGCACGGACGCAGCUCCACGUUUACCGCUUCCCGGUGCCCAUCCUGGAGCUGAGCCCGGCAUCAGCACCAGCAGGCAGCGAGGUGACUGUGGCGUGCCACGCCGGGGUUGCCGAACCCCCCGCCGUCCGGCUGCAGCUCCGCGAUGCCGACGGGGGGGUUCUGGCCGAGGGGCCGCAGUCCCGGCUGGAGCUGCGGUUGGUGGCGCGGCGGGAGGAUGACGGGCGACAAUUCGGGUGCCGGGCCAGCCUGGCCGUCGGCGACGGCACGGUGACAAAGAACGUGGACGCCCGGCUCGCCGUGCUCUAUAUGCCCGAAAUGGCAGCGAGUGACUGCCCCAGCAACCGCACCUGGCUGCGGGGGACGCAAGAAGCGCUGUCCUGCCGCGCCGCCGGCAACCCUGCGCCCACCAUCUUCUGCGGCAGGAACGGCGUCGCCAUCAGCACCAGGGAGCCGGAGCUGGUCACCCGUUCCCGAGCCGGCACCUACCUCUGCAAUGCCACCAACAGCCUGGGGACACAAAGCCGGGUGGUCACCAUCCGCGUGGAGUACGAGCCCAUCCUGACGGAGAAGGGCUGCCCCACGCACCGCACCUGGGUGGAGGGGGAGCGGCGGGAGCUCGUGUGCCGCGCUGACGGGGACCCCCCACCCAGCACCCGCUGCGCCCGCGACAGCGGUGCCCCCCGUGCCCGGGGGAGCCGGGCUGUCAGCCGGGCCGACGCUGGCCGCUACGUUUGCCGGGCCACCAACAAGCACGGCUCGGCCGUCCGCAGCAUCGUUGUCACCGUCGAGUACGAGCCGAGCAUCGGUGAGACGGGCUGCCCGGCGCGGCGGCUCUGGGUGGAGGGGACGCCGGCAGAGCUGGCCUGUGCCGCCAGCGGGAACCCCCCGCCCCACGUCGCCUGCGCCAAGCUGGGGGACGGCGAGGACCCCCCCCCGGCGAGCCCCAACGUCACCCGCGCCCACGCCGGCACCUACCAGUGCCGGGCCACCAACACCCACGGCUCUGCCCUGCGCAACAUCACCGUCGCCGUCGAGUACAGCCCCGCCACGGUGAGCCUACGCGUGCUGCCCUCCGCCAACGUCUCGCAAGGUGCCAGCUUCAGCGUGGAGUGCCUUGCCGAGGGGCUGCCCACCCCCACCUACGGCUGGGCGCUGCCACCUGCCCCCAACCUCCGCUUUGCCGCCGAUAACCGCUCGGUCGCCGUAGCCAGUGCCGCUGCCGCCAACCGGGGGCUUUAUACCUGUACGGCAACCAACAGGCACGGCCGGCGAGCCGGCAGCGUGAUGGUCCGGGUGGACGAGAGCCGGCUGGCGCUGCUGGCUUCGCUGGGCUCCUUGGGUGCCGUCACCGUGGUGGGUUUGGCGGCUGCCGGCGGUUAUUACCUGAAGUCGACGGCGUGUAAGAAAGGGGAAUACAACGUGCGCGACGCCGAGGGCUCCUCCGAAGCCGCCUGCCUGCACCAGCAACGGCACGACCGCGGCGAGGUUUAUGGCAUCCAGCUCACCCAGCCAUAACCAGGAACGUCCCCUUCCCCGGUGGGAUGGAGGUUUGGGGGGUCCCCGUGUACCCCCCCCCCCCGCCCUGGCCCCAGCGGGGCUUUGGGGAGGGGGAGGGGGGAGGGAAUUUGGGGUUUUUUUGGUGAUUUUUAACAUUUCGGUGCCGUGCUGAGGGCAGCACGGCCGUA